CUGGGCAGCGCUUGGCAAAAGGGCCGCUGCACGCCCUGCGGGACGGGAUGGGCAGCAGCUAAGCAAGCCAGCGACACCACAGCACUCGGGCCAAGCAGCCCGCGAGGCCAGAACCACCGUAUCAAAGAGGCACUCAUAACACAAAAACAGCAAGGAUGGCGGCCCGCUCCCCCCCACCGAAGGCCUGGGAGCCGACGCGACCGUCGACGCCGAAACGACUAGCCAAUGACUGGUCGAGCGUCCGCACGCCGCCGUCCGUCGCUUCACUAGCAAGAGCGGAAUUGGCCACUGGCUCGGCGAUGCACUCGAUAGCGCUGAGCGGCGGCGCCUCGCGUGCAAGGACACCACCGCGCGGCGUCAAACGCACCCCCGAACACAGCGCCCUGCGCACGCUGCAGUUGGAACAGGGGUACGACCAGACGCUAAACAGCAAACCGGGCAUACCGGCAUACAAGCCCGACGAGGCCUUCCACCGGACGCUGACCUAUAAGCAGUCGCCCUACGGCAAGAUGGCUCAACUUGCAGCCAAGAGGGAGCUCGCGAAAUUAGCUGCAAGGCCGACGCCCAAGCGCCAUGCCAAGCGCAAGGACCUGGACGCGCACGGCUUCCCCAUGUCCCUCGAGCAACGAGCGUUGGACGCGCGUACGGAGGCGUUAGAAGCGUACGAUGCAGCUGCUAGGAGCGCUACUCGAAGGGAAGCAGCAUUAGAUGCGAUGCUUAACGCGCUGCCUGGUCUGUCCGAGGUUGUCAUCGAGUCGACCGAUGCUAGUAUAGAGGAGCUCAAAAGGCGCCUUGAUGAGCGCGGCGUGGACUACCAGGGGUGCGUCCACAAGGCCGACCUUGUUACGUUGCUACAACGAACGCAGCUCGAGGACUCCCAAAGACUAGCAGAAAAGCAGCAGCAAGCGCGGCAAUUGAUAGAUGAGCUCCGGGAGCGCACGUUAGAAGCCGUCGAGGCCAUCGUCGAGUGGCGCCAGAAAGUCGCCGCGCUAGAUGACGUCCAAAACGUGCAGACCGCGCCGCCGCCCUUUCUGUGGGAGGGGGCGAACUACCUCGUCACGCUAGCUUCCGGGGACGAUGUCAAGCAGUUGCUGCAGGCGACUCCAUCGGAAUGUCGAAUCAAGGGUCCCGUGUCGCGGAAUCCUCUACUUACUGAAGUAGAUAUUGAUACAUUGGCAUCAACAAAGGAUGAGGGCGACCUGCCCGCCGACGCCGUCGUCAAACGAAGUACAGCGACGUCUGAUCGACUGGCGUUUCUGCGAAGGAGGCGCGUCGCGCGAGCGCUCGUUGCCGAAGAGAGGGCAGAGGCCAUCAAACGCGUGCGGGACCACGUCGCGCCCGGGCCUAAACCUCAAACGGAGCUACCGACACGAUUGGCACUAUCAGCGUCGGAGUUGGAGAGAGUAAAGCCGCCCGCCUUGGACCCGCCUGAACUGGAACUGCUCGGCUACGACUCCAUGCCGCCCCUACCGAUCGUGGCGACGUUCACUUGUUUGCAUCUAGUGUUGAAUCCCGAAGCGGUCAAGACGCACGGGAGAGGAUUACCAGAUGCGCAAGUUCUGCAGUCGCGGCCCUUGAGGCACACACUCUUGAAAGCACCUCGUAAACUAGCGACGCAACUGCAAGCCUUCGACGCGUCGCGACGCUUGCCGAGGGAAGUCCUGCAGCUCCUGUGGCCCGUCCUCACGGCGGAACGAUUCACGGCAGCGGAAGUCACGGCGCUCUCCGCAGCCGCCGGCGCCGUGUUUGCGUGGCUGAGAGAAGUUGUUGUUGUGCAGGGCACCAAAAUAGGGGAAGAAGAAGUCCAGUCCAAAACCAGGGAGCAGUACGACGACCGGGUCGAGGAGGCGGUCACUGGUUUAGUGGCGGACGUCGAAUCUUCGAGUGAUGACGAUCGUAUCGUAGACGAUGGCAAACUACCGCCUCGCCAGACGCGGGCUCAACGAGCCGCCACGGUCCUCCGGACGAGGACGGAAAGGAGAUCGAUGCCGAACAUCGCUGACGGCGAGGUCAAGGACACGUCGGAGGUUAGGUCAUUAGUCCACAAUCUGUGGACCGAGGUGGCUCAGUUGAGAGAUGAACUGCGGGGCACGAAGCAGAUGAAGCCGGUAUCAAGUUUCGUGGACCCGACGACGAGACGCGUCAGCAUGCACGAUCCCCAGUCGAAGACGACGAAGGAGGAGAUCUACGCCGGUGACGUCAUUCUUGGUGGUAAAAGUGUGUCCUUACGACUGCAGAGUGUCUAUGUGGACGCGACGAAGCAGGAGUACAAGCUUGGUAUAAAUGGCACGGAACACUUACUCAUCAUAGUGCAGGAGCCGACGUGCAUCGAGCCCUGGCCCGUUCGGGCCUUACCAGCCGUCGAUGUUGAUAGACUAACGGGCAAGCUCCCGUCGGAAUUAGUUACCUUACCUCUGGACGACCGUAAAAAAACACUGAAGCCCUUACUCGCAGCUCUCAUGGUCACGUCCGACAAAAAUGUGGGCGUGCCUACGGUAGACGUGUUGCAUCGCCUCGAGAAAGUCCUGAACAGCGUGCAGUUGGAUGUGACCGUCUCGAAGCCCGAACGGGCCCACAACGACGCGACCGUCGCGCCCAAGAGCUGUAGAAACACACCGACCAUCUCCCUGAAAAUUACCGCCAAACCAACCCCCUGGGAACGGGAGCAGAUCGCGGCCCAGGGCCACGAUCCUAUUGAUGUUAUGCAUUUGACGGUUGAUGAUGCUGAACUACAGUUAUUGUUAGUCCACCAAGAAGGGUUGUACGAGCGCGCGCGACAGAAGUGGCGCGCUUUGGAUUCCGUGGCGCAGUGGAUCGCCAGUCGUCUGCGUUUCGAGCGGCGGCACCGCGCCGAUGCGCACAAUCCGGGCGACGCGCCGGACCCGAACCUUGUGAGUCGUUUGUACCUGGAUCGCUCCGUACCGCUACCGCCGCAAGUCGCGCGGGCGCCGUCGUUACCCCAAAAGUGUAUUUUCGACGCGGUCCAGCGAGACGAUGUUCUGGUUCUACGGCUGAAGCCUACGGAUAAUUCCGGCGCGGCCGAUCAGCGAGCCUCGGCGUUGGUGGAGCAAGAUGUCACUAUCGAUGAGUUGCGAGCGUUGACCAAGCCGCCGCGCUACGCCCCGAAGGGCGAAUCGCGACUGGCGGCGCUCGCAUCGCUGAGGCAGCGCGUCGCCGUCGAGUGGUUACGAGCUCCCCGUCCUACCCAAGUGGGUCCGCGCAAGUCCUUCGGAGAUAUACCCAGUACAAAGGGUGAGGCCGUACUCCAUCUAGAUAGGGUGGUCCACCGCGAGGUGCGCCGUAUCAGUGGUGUUUCUGUGCACCUGCAAGCAUUGGUACGCGGCACUUCACUCCUCUUCCGCGCGUGCACCGUCGGGCCGCCACCUAUCGACGAGGGCGUGGAGCUCGCGAAGAAUGACACCGAGGUGGUGUUGCCCACCGACUCCGACGCGUCGGAAGACGAGGAUAAACCUUCGUUAAAAUCGAAGCCGCUCCAAGUGCCGUCCGUGAGCCCGUCCUUCGACUUGUCAAGGGUCGUCGACGAGAAGGAGAUGCGGUUGCUCGUGCAGGGUGAGCUCAAAGACCGGGAAGGGUUACUACAUCCUUAUUACAGAGGUGCUUUGGCGGCCGUAUUGGCGCCCAAGUUGAAAUUAGUGAAAACUAGUGGAAAGAGUAGGAAACCGGGCGACGACGCUUCAUUACAAGCCACCACAAAUGAUAGAUACACCUUGGAAACCAUGCUCGUGCACGAAAAGCAUACGUUAUCUGUCGGCGUCGGUGGCUCGAAGAAGCGGCACUUACUUGGUUCCUUGGCUGUCGACGAUAGUACAACGCUAGAAGAAGCUCGAAAGCUGAUCCACCUGGAGUUCGACGACGUGGACGUGCCCGAGGACUUUCGGUUUGUCUACCGGGGCGCGCCGUGUCCGCGGAAGCAAGAACCGUAUCGCUUCGCCGUGGAAUGCAAGCCUUGCCUCAUCCUAGCCGUAAAGCCGGUAGAAGGGAAGCUAAAAGUAGGGACAAAAGUAAUGGUCGACGGCACGCCCGGCACGAUCGAGCGCAUACGGAAGAGCGGCCGCGUCGACGUGACGUUUCCUAGCAAACCACCGGAAAAGGACCGGAAGCUGAAGAACGUCAGGCGGGGCGACUUAACUUUACCUAACAAGCAGGAGGGCGCGGGCUACGCCUGGACGACGCAGGCGGAUGAUGACGCUCGAAGAUUGCGGGACGAGAUCCGUAGAUUAAGAGCUGUUAAUGCCGGACCAGAAGCUGUGGAAGAAUUUGAGGAAGAACAGAAGAAACGACGGCGACGACGACGGAAACGCAGACAUGCGGUACGAGCGGGAAAAGCUCUGCGGGUCGAGAACGAGGACGCGCGGUCCGACGCCGAGAAACCCGCUGCGGACCCGGAGCUCAUCGACGGUCCUGCACCUCCCUUGGAUGUCGUCGCUAUUCCCCUCGAGACGACGGCCUCCACUACACAAGGUUCCAGAAGGAUCACUUUACAAGAUGACUUGGCGCUAUUUGACGUCACUUCGGCAGAUGUGUUGCGAGUAGGCUCCAUCGAUGGCGCGUCGUACCGAAUUGCGAAAACGCACGAAUGGAAGCAUAUCCUACCAAAUGAUCAGAUCAAGUUCGCUUUUUGCCCGUGUGACCAGAACCCGAUGACGCACCUCCGGAAAAGAUUUUACCCGCUCGAGCCGGACCCGGAAGCUCCACCGUAUCUAGAUGAUGCUUACCACAGUACACUGUUGGCCAUGCGCGGCACGGAGGUCGUUAUCGGACGCGAGUACGACUACUUCCUGUCCGCACCGGUCGAGGCCGAGCGCAAGAUGCAGCGCGCGCGUAUUUCGGCGAAGGAAGGUCGCGUGUCGAGGAACACGCGAUUGUCCUUAGAUAGCGAAACGGGCUUGGAGCGGGAAGAGACGGAGAAGAAGGCCGACGAGCUCCCUGACGUCGAUCCAGAAGACGUGGUCCCGCACGGCACGCGCUUGUCGAACCUACCUGUCUACAAACUUAUUCCUAGAGCUUUGGACCUGCGGCCGGAGUGGCGGCGGGCCUUUGAUGAGGGUAGGGUCGUACCCGUCCGCGACUUCAUCAAUUCUCCAAUGAGUUUAAAUCAUUUCAGGGUACCUUUAACAUAUGAACAUAUAGAAACGUUAGUAGUGGAUGUCCGCUCCAGAAAUGCACAGAUCCACGAACAACGACUCCAUUAUUUUGAAGAUAUAGAUCCCAAUCAUCUAGUCGAUCAAUUACACUCGAUGCUGUGCUCGUGGUACCCGCAGACGGAAAAUGUGGACAGUCAGAAGUGGUCGAAGUUCGCGAAGGACUAUGAACUCAUCCCGGGCAUGCAGGACCCCAUGAGGGUCGCGCAAGUGGACCUGGCCAUGCGUAGGCAGUUCAAGAAAAAAGAUGGUACGUUCGACCGAGGAGGUAAGAUGACCAGGGCGCAGCUGAGGCAAGCACUUACUGAGGUAGCCUUUACGAAGUUUCCGGUGUUUGUCGAUCCGGACAAGGAGAAGCUCGAGAAGCAGCAAAGAGAAGAAGCUGCCGAGGCUUCAAGGCUCAAGAACCUGGCGGGUCGGGUGGACCACGAGACGCUGCGGAAGCACGAGAUCGUUGUUGGGGGGAGAGGCGGUUCGUUACUGGAUCGGUUCAAGGAGAGUGCGGCCAUGACGGGCAAGUUGGGUGCUCGCGAGGCCGCGCCCGAACAGAACAUCAUCGCGGCGUUCAAAUUUGUCGGUAGGGAGAACAAGGCCCUCAGGACACCUUCUGAGAGUUCUGAGGAGGAGGAGAACGAAGUCACUGCAGAGGACUGGGAGUGGUUCAAAAUGGACACCCUAAAACAUCUGUUAUUUGAAAAGACCGUCAUGAUCCCGGAGAUGAACAAGCGAGCGUGGCGCGAGGCGAAAAUACUGGCGAUCAAGGAGGAGGGCUUGCGGCAAUGUGCGUCAAUUAGAGUGCAAGCUCGGCACCGGAUGAGAUGGUACAGGGCGUUGUAUCUCUGCAAGCUCGGGGCGGUCGUAUGUAUACAAGCUUAUGGUCGGAGAUACAUGUACCAUCGGUUUUACUUAGUGAGGAGGAGGCAGAUGGACCUUAGUCAGUUGUAUCGGUAUCGCAUAUUAUCAUCUUAUCGUCUACAGUCGUGGUUGAGAUACACUCAAAUUAGUAGGGAGUACAAAGUACGGGUCGCGGAGGAGCGGAGAGAUAAACGGGAACGGGCCAUUGCUAGACGGAAGGAACAACAUGAAAGAAGAUUAACGAGAGACCGAGCCACCGUGUUCCGGCGGACCAAGAGGAUGGCCGGAGUGAUGGUUUGUUUAAGAAUUGAAAGACUCGAUCCAUCUAGGAUGAACGCGUGCAUCGACUACGGCAUGAAGCUGAAGGUCUUCGUGCCGCAGUCGCAGAAGACGUAUACGUUCAUCCUUGAUGACUUGGAGGUUCGGUUAGCCAUCGAAGGGCAUGUGGGUAGGGAUGGCCUAUCCGGAGCGGAAAUAUUAGAUCCGGACAACAUCAUGGCCAUCGCCGACCGGUUGCUGGUGCGAGUGAUCAAUGGGAAACCAGUGGUCAUUUUCUCGCGACGAGGCCGCGCCGAGCGCGGCAAGCAAGUUCAUAAGGUAGGCAAGUUCAUCGGUAUCGGCGCGCCGGGCGAGGACGGCGAGGUGAAAGAUUCAGAAGACCUCGAGAAGGCGGCGGUGAAGAAGGGCACGCAGUAUGUUGUGACCUGUUUCCACAGCGACGACGAGAUUGUUUUUCAUGCCUAUAAUAAUAGGAACUGCGAGACUUUACGUACUUCGAUAACCACAAGAUUUAUAAAAGCCUGGAUCGAGCAAGAUGAAGAAAGGAAGCAGGCUAAAGAGAGAAGCGAGUUCCUCAAGCGAGUCGCGGACGCGAGAAAGACGCUCCGGCUGCACGCGACGGGCAUCGAGCAGGACGAGGACGAUCUGAGGGAGGCCCAGAAGUUAGUGGAUCAGCACAACCUCGAGCAGAAGAAGGAGGACCAGGAGGCCAUCGCGGAGGGCGAGGCGCUGCCGGCCCCGGCUCCAGGCACUUCUAGACCUAGUACCGUCGAUGCGGUCGCGGACGAAGGCGUGGGACGGGCUCGGACGGACGAGUCUAUUAAGCGGGAAGGGGCCGUGCCCGGGGCGCCUCGACUCGUCCAUCCUCUCCUGAUGAAGGAGAACUUGCUGUUGUUGCUACAGUGGCUCAUCGAUCGUUUGCGAAUAGUGGAGUACCGACGAGCCGGAGAAGAUAGGGAACGUCAUCGAUUGAUCCUGGAGUAUGAAUUGGAAGAGGUCGCCGUCGAGAAAGCAGCAAUGUCGUUACAAGGACUCUGGAAGAUGAUGCAGAGCAUCAAACGCAUCCGACUGAUGCUCUGCGCGAACUGGGAGAAGCGCUGGGAUAGAGAUUUUCAGGGCUGGUUCUACGUCAACUUGAAGACGAACGAGAUGGGCUGGGACCCGCCGCGACUCUUGGGGGGUGGCGAUCUUCCCGACCCGCCCGACGAGUGGCGGACGAUGUACGACGAGAACGGCGACGUGUUUUACAUGAAUCCCUACACGGGCCAGACGUCGUGGAUGUCGGUCGAGGACGCGGCUCGUAAUCUGCAGAAGGCCUAUCGGGCCAAACAAGCCGCUGAUUUUGGCGCGCCGACGUUCGCGGAUAUUGUGAGGGCUUUACGCAUGAUACGAGAGGUGGAGCAGAAGUACGAGGAGCACCCCGACCGGUUGUCGUCGAUGGUCAACUACGCCCUACUGUUAGCUACGCAAAGGUUUGACUUAAUUGGUGCGAAGAAACUCUACAAAGAUGCGAUGGAAAUAAGUCCCGAGAAUCCUGUACUAUUAAGGGCCUACGGCAUAUUCAUGCUCGCGACGCUCGAAGCGCCGCGGGAGCGAAUUUUUAGGAAGGCCCUGGACUACUUCAAGAACGCGGAGUUGCGAGAUCCUGGUAGAGAAAGAUUUGAAAUCGCCGAGGAGUCCAUGUACCACUGGAAUUGCGUCGCGCAGCGCGAGAACCCUCUGGCGUUACUGAACUACGCUUUGCUGCAACAGUACCUCGUGAAGGACAUCCCGCGGGCGGAGCGGUUCUUCCACCGGGCCAUCUCCGCUUUGAAGGAUACGCAGGACGCGCCGGAUCCGGCGCGGCCGGCGGUCAUCGAGAACUUUGAAUUGUUCGAGCUGGAGAGAUUGCCGGGCGGGGAAUUCCAUACGCCUACUCCGAGCAACACGGUCGUGCGGAACAGCGAACUCGUGGGGAACGGCGCGCGAAUCAAUUUCACACUUCAAACCAUGGCGUGGCGCGUCGUUUGUGCGCCAUCGCCGCGGCGUCUGCUCGAGGGCGCGGUGCGUCGUUCAUACGCCAUCGCCGCGGCGUCCGCUCGAUGGCGCGGCGCGUCGUUUGUGCGCCAUCGCCGCGACCGAGAACGAGUCACCGGUCGCUUGGCGCACAGGUCGAGGAGCGGCCCGAGUGGGGCGAGUGGGGCCGUUAUAGUCAUGAGAACGUCCUGAAGCCCAAGUCCGCGUUUUACUUCUGGCUCAACCCCAUCACGAAAAGGGCGUCUUGGGCGGAGCCGAACUGGGAAGUGGCUUACAGGCAGCGCAUCGAGCGGUCCGAAUUCGUCGGAGAAAAACAAGGCUGGGAGCAGUACUGGGAUCCUAGGUUUGAGUGCAACUUCUUCUACAACGUCAUGGAUGGUAGAUUGACGUGCGUCGACCCCGUUGCUGGUGGUGCAGAGGGUGAAGAGGGCGCCGGGAAGACGUUGGCGGCGAUAGAAGCGGAACAGAACGCCCCUCCCCCAGAACCCGAGCCGGAACCGGACGGGCCCAUGCGCGCUCUGACGGCGGAGGAGGAGAAGCUGGGGAUGACGGGGCCGAUGCUCCUGAAGAAUGACCCGCACCAGGCGGUGGAGAACGCGCCGGUGUACAAGGGGUAGUAAGACAAAUUGUGUUUUAUUACUAGCUCGCGAAGUAGCGCAGUUAGCAGCGCGCAGAGAGGGAC